AUGCGACGAGCAGUAUCAAGAAUCGUAGAAAAUCGGACUCUACUCACCCGUUUUUUCUCUUCGACUAGCCCUUUGUUCAAUAACGAAGACUUGAUCGAAAGCAUCCGAGAACGGAUCGCUAGGAAUCGACGCAUUCUUCAGAAACACUCUUCAUCUCAUCUGAAAGCGCGAGAAGUAAACGCCAGCAUUUCUAAUCUCCGUCAAUCGAUGGCUUCUGUUCAGAAAAAACAAAAGGCGGCUCAUGAACCUCCAGCCAAUUCAAUUGUCAACAUUCCCAGUCAAGUGUCUAUCGAAGUUCUCGGAAAUGGAACAGGAUUGCUUCGAGCUUGUUUCAUUCUUCGGACACCUUUAAAAACGUACAUGUUCAACUGUCCAGAGAACGCGUGCAGAUUUUUAUGGCAACUCCGAAUUCGUAGUUCCAGUGUCGUCGAUCUUUUUAUCACGUCUGCGAAUUGGGACAACAUUGCUGGUAUCUCAUCGAUCCUACUUUCGAAAGAAUCAAACGCAAUGUCAACUCGACUUCAUGGAGCAAUGAAUAUCAAACACUUUCUAGAGUGUAUCCGUCCAUUUCAAGAUUCCGAUUAUGGUAAUUGUAAAUAUCCUUCCCAGGUGGAAGAGCGGCCGUACACUAUGGAAAGUUACGAAGAUGCUGGAAUGAAAGUCACUUAUAUCCCACUGAGUCCACCAUUGGGAUUGAAAAAUAAAGAGAAAAAUAGUAAAGUCAACAAUGUGGAUGUUGCAUUUUUAAUUGAGAUGAAAGAAGCUGCACGACGAAUUGACGCUGUUAAGCUGAUGGAACUUAAAGUACCGAAAGGUCCUCUAAUCGGAAAACUGAAAUCUGGAGAAGCUGUUACUCUACCAGACGGAAGAACGAUUCAACCGGAUCAAGUGUUUUCGUCUCAUAAAGUCGAAGGAGAGAAACCGAUUCUUCUGGUAGCAGAAUGUACAACUGAAGAGCAUGUAGAAUCACUUUUGAAUUCUUCGUCUAUGCAACCGUUUUUUAACAAUGAGAAACGGUUAGACUACAUGGUCCAUCUCAGCAAAGAAGAAUUAAUUAAUACUCCUUCCUACAAAACUCUGAUGAACAAAUUGAGUGAUGGGGACACAACUCAUCUCCUGAUCAAUGAAGCCAACCCAGUGAUUCCUGCUGUUGAAAGUGUAUACAAGCACACUCGUCUUCUCCGAUCGAUUUCACCGUCUCUGUUUCCUGCACUUCAUCCAAUUGAUUGGAGCGGAAUUAUCUCUCAAAAUGAAGAGCUGUCCCAGAAAGAAAAUGAAUUUAUCAGGGUUGCUCCACUACAACGGUAUUGGAUGAGAAAGGGAAAUUCAUUGAAUGAGGAACCAAUUAUCAAUAACUUGUUGGCUUCAGAACCAGAACUGACAGAGAAAGCAAAACAAUUAGUCACAGAUUUUCAAAAAUUAGAAGCGAGCAUUGAAAAAAAUUGUGAAUUUCCAAAAAUCACAUUUUUUGGUACAUCAUCUGCUGUUCCAUCGAAGUAUCGGAAUGUGACCGGUUAUUUGGUGGAAGCUUCAAACGAAAGUGCAUUGCUCCUUGAUGUUGGUGAAGGAACAUAUGGACAAAUGAAAGCUGUUUUCGGAGAAGAAGGUUGCAAGAAACUGUUAGUAAAUCUUCAUUGCGUUCUUGUCACCCAUGCUCAUCAGGACCACAUGAAUGGAUUGUACACUAUUGUUGCUAGAAGAAAGGAGGCAUUUGAGUCGCUGAGAAUCCCUUAUCGGCCACUCGUGCUUGUCUGCAAUAGGAACGUACUGAAACCUCUCAAAACAUACUCCAUUUGUUUCGAAAACAUCGAAAAUCUUCUAGAAAUCGUGGAUAUAUCCAGACAUCCUUUAACUCCUCCAGGAAGUCCCAAUGGCCCACCUGGAAAAAGGCCAAGACUCCCAAGUCCUCACCUUCCUCCUAGCAGAGAUAUUUUGGAUGAUAUGCCAAAAAGUUUUGACAAAAAUGUUUGGAAGUUGGAGGAAUUAAAAGCUGUUCAAGUACAUCACACUAGAAUGGCAAAUGGAUUUGUGAUGCGUGUUGCUGGAAAAAGAAUUGUGUUUUCUGGAGAUACUAAACCUUGUGAUUUAUUGGUCGCAGAAGGACAAGAUGCCGAUGUGCUUGUUCACGAGUCUACAUUCGAAGAUGGACAUGAAGAAGAUGCCUUGCGGAAACGUCAUUCGACGAUGGGCCAGGCGGUUGAUGUCGGAAAGCGAAUGAAUGCGAAAAAUAUUAUUUUAACGCAUUUUAGUGCAAGAUAUCCCAAAGUCCCAGUACUCCCACAAUAUCUUGAUACAGAAAACAUUGGAGUUGCUAUGGAUAUGCUCAGAGUCCGUUUCGAUCAUUUGCCACUUGUUUCUAAAUUGCUCCCAAUCUACAGAGAAGUGUUUGUUGCCGAGUUGUUCGAGUUGACAAUCAAGAAAGAGCAACGUAUCCUGAAAGAUAAGGAAUCUUCUGAGAAGAAACAGCAGAAAAGAUCUGUUAAGCAAUCCAGUUGA